AUUAUUUUUGCUAUAACUUCUAAAAUGAUAUAUUUACAUUACUUCAUUUAUGGGUUUCCUUUUUCAUUUAGUGUUGUUUUUUCUAAAUAAUUUUAUAUAAUCAAAUAAAAAACUUGAUUAUAAAAUGAUUAAGUAAAGUUGUUUUUCUGUUUCUUUAUUUUUCCUCAUUUUUAUAGUGUUAUUAAAAAUGAAGGAUAAAAAAGGGAGAAGUAGAAUGCAAUGUCUCAAAGCAGAAUGUGAUUGUGAUGAAUACACAAAAGAGAAAGGUUUUGAUUUGUGUGUCUAUUGUGAUCAUGCACCAGUUUUACAUAAAGUGGAAGACAAUUUGAAUCUUGUUGAAGAUAUUGAGUUAGCUCAUUUCUCUAAGAGCAAUGCAAUACUAAACACGUUAUCCACCGCACUCAGUAUGUCAAUCGUGUUAUUUGAACCCCAAAACUGUAAGAAAGAAAACGGAUAUGCUAACUUUGAAUCAGCUACUUUGAGCCAAAGUGAAAUAGAUUUCAGUUUGGACAAUAACAAGGUAACAAGGCCAUUCAAGAAUCAGUGUAUACAACAAGCUAAGCCAUUUCAAGAUACAGCUGGUAAAAUAAUUUUUGCAUCAAAAACUGUACUUCAUCAUAAAAACAAUACUCUCUUUGAGUUUACGCAGCAAGUUGGCUAGAAUAGCAGUCAACCAUAUUAUUCAAAAGAAAGGAUUGCAAAAUCGUCCAACUAAUGCAGAUGUCUGUGAAUCAGCAAAUGCUAUUGUUACACAUUUUCCCUCAGAAAAGCUUGAAACAUGGUAUACUGCUCCUACGAGUAAAAAAACUAUAGUUGGUGGAAAGUUGUCCGAGAAGCUUCGCAACACAUGGCGAAAUAUUAAAUCAGUGGGUAUUUUAAAAAAUUCUAACGGCCAACAAUGAAGAACAUGAUAGUAGCGAUG